CGUUUCAAGAAGGAAGGUGUGCCUUAUUUUGAAAAGCCAAAAAGGAAGUUGUGCCGUUUUCACCCUCUUGACUACGUGGGAAAGUUUUUUCUACAGGGGUUAGAGACUAUUCCGCCUCGCCACGCUUUUAAUCCACACUCCGCAGAGAGCAAGUGACCGGAGUCCUUUGCAUACUCAACUUCGACUCUCUUUGUCCUGCUUCCACUGUAAGGGAGCCCUCGCAGUGGGCCACCAUCGUUGUACGUUUCGGGGGAUGUUAGUGUGGGCGAACUCCUCGCAAAAGAGUGAACCAGAGAUUUUGAGCGGCUCCUCCGCUUCACUCUCCCCGCCUCUGAGGCCAUGGGAUGCGGUUUGAGGAAGUUGGAGGACCCGGAGGACAGCAGCCCCGGGAAAAUCUACUCGACGCUGAAGAGACCCCAAGUUGAAACCAAGACUGAGACCGUCUACGAUUAUGUCCUCUUGGACUUCAGCUUGGAAGGUAGCCGCCCCACGGUGCAGUAUGUGUCGUCACUGGCCGAGCUUCCUCAGGCGGUACAGCCGUACUAUACGCAGGGUUACGUCCUGGCUGCCCUGCAUCCCAUCAUCCUUUCUGUGGGCCGCACCCGUUCGCUGCCCUUCAGCCUGCUCUACCGUGCCGUCCUGGCCAGGCCCAGACUGAGUCAACAGACGGCAUCCAUGUGUCACAUCGUGCCCACGCUGAGGGUGGAGGAGUGGCCGCUACCUGGUGACUCCCUGACGGGUGACAUUGUUCGAGCACUCAUUGACAAGGUGAACACCAGUGCCCGCAGUGGGGUCCGUUUUGUCGGCUCAGUCCUCCAGCAGGUGAGCGUCCUGAGCAACGGUAGCAGGCUGCACAGUCCAAAGAGGGGCUGCCGCUCACCACCACACUCUCCCUCUCACACUCCCCCGCCGGGAGAGCGGGACUUGGAGGACAACACAUAUAGUCCUGACAUGCGACUUCUGGUCUUCUUCCACUACUGGGCUGCGGGUUGCUCCCCUCUGGACUUGUUGGUGUGCCAGUACCACCAGGGGGCGUUGUCUAUGCGCGUCUCCAGGAAGGGCCAGAUGGUGAGCGCUCUGGAAGCCGACUGGCUGGAACUGACGGCAGCCUACUACCGUAGAGGCUGGUCGCUGGUGGACUCCUUCGUCUACUGGGACACCCCAAAAGGCGAGCCUGUGCCACGGUCGCUGGAAGGCCUUUUCGUGUACGAAGAGAGUAGCACUGCCCCUCCCGCCAAUGACACCAUCGUGGUGGAGCAGUGGACCGUCAUUGAGGGUUCCAGUGUGAAAACUGACUACGGCCCGCUGCUCCAUACUCUGGCCGAGUUUGGAUGGCUGCUGACGUGCGUGCUGCCCACUCCCAUCAUACGACAUGAUAGUGAUGGGAAUCUGGCCACCAAGCAAGUUAUUUUCCUUCAGCGCCCAGUCAGGAAUCAGGUGGCAGCACAACACAGGAAACCGGUGCUGUCGGUGCACAGCGAAGUGUCCAGCCGGUCAAUGAGUCGCUCUGUCAGCAGCGCAGCGCUUCAGCAGGAGCUUUCCCCUUUGCCCGGGGGUAUCGGUGGCUUCCCUGUGUUUGGAGGGGGGUUCCCCAGCUCCCUGUCGCACCUGGAGGAGGGCGGCUUUGACCAGGAGGAAGGCAAAGCGGAGGUGACGUGCAUGUGAGCGGACUGAAGUCAUGAGCUCUCCAGAUGGAGGAAAAAGCCACUUCUUCCAUGGCCACGAACCCAAAAGCUUCAUCCUCUGCUGUGGUAUAACACUGCACCUUUUUUGAAGCAAAGCCAUAAUGAGGAAAAUACAGUAUAUGGAAAGCCAUUUCAGCAUUUAUUCAAUGUAUGCAUGAUAUCCUGGUUGAGCCCCAUGUGCUAGUAUACUCUUACAACAACUUCAGUACAUUAGUUGGCAUCUGUAGACAGCACUACUCAUGAAGUCAACGUGCGUACUAGUACAUGGACCUUAAGUUGGAUUUCACUGACUUUCCAGUGAGCAUGUGGGUCGGAGGUUUGACACCUUAGAGUUUCAUUUUUAAUAGGGUCAGUCAUUGAUUUCAGAAAUGGGGGGGGGGGGCUAUAAUUACCUUUUAAAGGGCAAAAAAUUGUUGUCCGUCUGAUCUGUGCUGCACCAGUCUGCAGUUUCAGGAUGAUGCUUAAAGCAGGUCAAUUUUGCUAUUUUUAACAGUAAAAUUUAAAUGUGAAGUGAACUUUACCUUUCAGUGACAUCUCUGGCACAAGUAUUUUCAGGUUUUCCGAGUUCUCUGGAAUCAUUACAACUUUUUGGCUUAUCACAGAUAUCCUUGUAAAAAGAUAUAAAUAAGGCAAAGAAAACAUGCUUAAAAAAAGUACAGGUUGCGAUCAAAGUCAUUCUAGACUGUUUUUCUACCUUUAGGCCAUGUGCACCCGAAUUUUAGUUCAAUUCUCAUGUUGCCAUACAUUUUCCUUUUUUCAAGUUUCGUUGUCCACAGCAAGUAGUGCAAACCUAUUGUUUUUGUUCUAUAUUAAGAGAGUGAGUUGCUGGUCUGCUGGGUUUUUAUUUAUUGAUUUGUGACUGUUUAUGCACAAAAGUCAGUCAUUCUGGUAUUUUUCUCCCUUAUGGCUUUUUUAACAAGACAUAUCCAGUCUCUACUUGCUAGUGCAGAUGUAGAAGUCACAGCAUUUUACUGGGACACACUAUAUGGACUAAAUUAUUGGGACAUUAGAGUUCCCUCAGAUACACGGUUUUCACUUUACACUUCCUAUAAGUAGAACAUAUCCCAAUACCUUUGGCUGUGUGCAGUGCUUCUGGAUGUCAGCCAUUGUCUGUGUGGUGGCAUGUCUGUCACACAUCUCUUAACAGUAUUAUGAGUGCCCACGGUAUGCCAUUAAACGAAACAUUCAUAGAUGUUAAAACCAUGGUGUUUCAAAAGACUACAGCAGUAUUAUAAGAGGGACACAUUUAUUUGUAAAUGUAAACUAGUCUUCAUUAAAAUGUCUUUAAUGUUGCUAUUAUAAUUGUUAAAAACAAAUGAAUACUAAAAGCCGGUUUUAGUUCCAGUUGUUUGUUGUAAAAUUUGCUUCUGUUUAUGGAUAGUGUUUGAAACAAAUAAAAUGCCAUUUUCAUUUCUGA